UUGCAGGUUCCCUUUGGCAUUAACAUUGAUAAGCCUCGUUACGACCAGUCAACAUACAUUGGUCGUGCGAAACAUUUUUUCAUCACCACCAAUCCCCUUAAUUGCUUAAAGACAAGUCGGGAACUAGAUGAAGCCAAGACGAUUGUUCAAAAGUACAAAGCUGGGGAACGCAUCCCUGGAUUGACCGAGGACAAAUUGUGGAAAGCAAAACAAACCUAUGACUCGGCCUUUCAUCCCGAUACCGGCGAGAAAAUGUUUAUUCUCGGCCGCAUGGCCUUCCAGGUCCCUGGAAAUAUGUCCAUCACUGGUUGCCUGCUUACGUUCUACAAAUCUCCGGCUGCUGUUAUCUUCUGGCAAUGGUUUAACCAGUCUUUUAACGCAAUUGUCAAUUAUACAAAUAGAAGUGGUGAUGCCCCAAUUUCUCCCACACGUUUAGGUGUUUCCUAUGUUCUGGCCACAGCCGGUGCUGUAACUAGCGCUCUAGCAAUCAACAAACAAGUUUCGCACUUCCCACCUGUUAUUGGACGUUUGGUGCCCUAUGCUGCCGUGGCAGUAGCUAAUUGCAUUAAUAUUCCCUGCAUGCGAAGUGGCGAACUUAGCUCUGGCAUCGACGUAACAGAUGAGGAUGGUAAAAAGCUGGGCAAGUCAGUUCGCACUGCUCGCGUUGCCAUUGCCCAAGUCACAAUUUCCCGUGUUCUCAUGGCUUCUCCUGGCAUGGUUCUUCCGCCAUUCUUGAUGGAUGCUUUGGAACGCCGUGGCAUUUUGCAACGUUAUCCAUGGAUCAGCGCUCCUCUUCAGGUCAUCCUCUGCGGUCUCUUCCUUACCUUUACAACACCUAUGUGUUGUGCCCUGUUCCCUCAAAAUAGCUCAAGGCCAUUCCAUAAGCUUGAGAAAGACCUUCAGGAGAAGAUAAUUAAGGAGCUUGGAGACAAACCUGUACCGAAAGUCGUCUACUACAAUAAGGGAUUGUAA